CAAGAAAAUCAACGACAGGAGCAUUUGCGAGGCCAGGCAGCAGCGCCAUGUACUUUGUCCUCAUGUAAAUCCAGGACUUGCCGAAAGCCCUCCCGGGUUCCUAUGGCACCUCCUUCUACGCCAGCGCCCUCCCGCUUCCUCCUCCCGAGGCGCCAGGGGCAGGGGCAGGGCGGAACGCCCGGAACAGGCGUCAACCCCGGCGCGUCCCAAUUUGGCGCCACCCCGCGCUUCGCCGUCUCGUCGGCCGCGGCACCGGCGGCGACGCCCUCGUCGUCUAGGAACCCACCGCAGUUCUUUACGCCGGCCGCGCCGCCGUCGUCCAGGCGACAGCCGCUGCACGAGCUGAUAGACAGCUCGCCCGCCUCGCCGCAAGACGAUGAGGCGGGGGAAGCUGAUCGUCGGGAGCACUCCGACAGGUUCGCCAGCAGGACUUCUAACAGGCGAUCUGCCGCCGCCCAUCUCAUCGUCGAGGAUUUUGACGAUGAGGAGUCCCACUCGGAGCAGGGUGGAGGGCGAGAGGAUGACCGAUAUUCCUCGCAGCUUGACAGCAGCAGCGAUGACGACGGCAUAUUCAGGCCGCCGCCCAAGCGCAGGCGCAUCACCGUCUCGGCAGAGUCACCGCCGCUGUCUGUGCGUGUCAAGGUGGAGGAGGAUGAUAUCAUGGCCACCUCGGACCUAUCGGGCGUGAUGGACAGUGCCUCGGAUCACCAUGAGCCUUCAGAUUCCUACCCCCAUGACGGCGUUGUCCAUGACGGGAUCGAUCACAUCAUGCACAGUCCGCCAGAUCCGGACGGGGAAAGUGACUAUCGCAGUGAGCAGGAGGACGACAAAGCUUUAGUCGCAGAUCAAGACGAGGAUGACUCCGACCUAGACCUUUUCCAACGCGAAAGACAGCAGCGAGUCCCCACCACGCCAUCGAAGAAAAAGGACCCCACAUUCCACCGAGCCCCGCGGUUCGUAGCCGCCGAGCAACCGGUGGACGGCGGUCCAGGGAGGCCACAGCUGCAGGUGCCGGCAGACGCCUUCUCGCCGAAGCGGCGGCGCGGCGGCGCUAGAGGCGCUGAGUAUGUGCCGGGCGGCCUCGCGGCCGAGGUGCGCGGCUGGCUGCUCCAGGUCGCGCCGCGCGUGGGGGAAGAUGGUCCCGGAGCGGCCGCCCCUGUGGCCAUCGCGUCUGUGCCUGGGACGGUUCAUGUCGCCAUUGUCGAGGCCACCGGCUCGCGGGGGAUGUGGAUGCUGCGCGCCCGUCGGGCGCUUGGUGACGGUGGCUACGGGGGCGGAGACGAAGGAGAUGGCGCCGAUGGGCUCGUCAAGAUUAUGCUGUCUGGGGACGGGCGCACGUCGGGCCUUGAUGCGAGAAACGGGGUUGCCAGGGGCGCAAUCGUGGCCGCACACCCGCCAACCUGGGAAGUCGAAAUCCAGGGGCAGGGGAUAUGGACGAUGGUCUGCGAUUGGAGUAUCGUCGACAGUCCAGGGUGAGACGUGGUUUCGCUUUCAACAUUGUCUAUGGCGAUGUAUCUAGACAAAAGCUGCGAUGUAGCUGCCUUGGAUGUCAGCCUAGGAAUCUGAUGCUUUCAAACCGGUCAGGGAACUGUCUAGGGUUGUUUUGGAAUCACUUUCUACUCGAGUCUUGUGCCGCCU